CCUAAUUGUUCCUUGUCGGUGUCGAAAUAGAGAAGUGUUCAAGUGGGAAAGAAACCCAAACGUUUUCAUCUCCGAUAAAAAUGGCAAACAUAAACAAGAAAGAGGAGCCAAGUACAGCGCCAGAGCCAGAUCGGUGGUACAAUUUGAGCUUAGGUUCUUCCUUCAAAGACCAUCAACCUUCCUCCAAGUUCUGUACUUUACGCUAUGAAUUUAAACCAGCUUCAAUUGAUAAAAACAAACCUGGAAAACUACACAAGACCAAGGACAACAGGAUUUCUGUUGAAUUUCAAAAUAACCAGCCUGGUAAACCCAAGGUUGCCUUUGAUGGCAGUAGUGAAGAUUACAAGGAAAAUGAUGCUGUUCUUUUCUUUGAUGGUGAGUCAUUUCGGUUGGAGCGGUUACAUACCGCUGUUAAGCGGUUGAGGUAUAAUCGUCCCCUUGGAGAAUCCGCUGCGGCAGCAGCACCUGCACCUGCUUCUGCUCCUUCUCCUGCUCCUGCUCCUGCUCCUGCUCCUGCGCCUGCUCCAUUUGGAAUGCCUGCAGAGACGAGUUCACCGCCAGUUGAAAAAGGGGCUAGAUUUCAUUCUCUAAAUAAGCCUCCAGUUCCUGCGGUACCAGUUGAGGUGGAACGAAUCAAAGUUGGUGAUUUUAGAAGUUCAGAUUCAAGAUCCAAAAAUGAGAAGAUUGCUGAAUAUCCAUCUUCACAUGCAAAUCAGCCAACUGCGUCACCAGACAUGAUCAAUGAUGACCUGGAUGAACAAUUGGAUAUACUGAAUGAUGACGAGGAUGAUACUACAGCGGCCAAUGGUGGCAAUAUUACUGUACAAGAAAUCGAUACAGGCAUUGAUAUUAAUAUCCCACACCAAAAUGAUACGGAUGAUGAGAUAGCUGAUGUAGAUGUAAGUGAUGAUGAUGAGGAUAAGGGCCGCAAUGCUGCAGAAGAACUUAGAGCUCAGGUAAAUGCAGAGGUAAAAGAGGAUCAUUCUUCAAGUUCUAGCAGUAGUAGUGGAAGUGACAGCAGUGGAAGUGGGAGUGGGAGCGGGAGUGGGAGUGGAAGUGAUAGUGCAAGCAGUAGCAGUGACAGUGAAAGCAGCGACACGGUCAACUCUAUCUGAGAACUUGUGGUAUUUAAGGGAUGAAUGUUUCAAUUUUGAAAUAAUUGAUAGAGAAGCCACUACAUUGCUUUUAGGUUCAGUUGACUGACAAUGCAGGCCGAGGAUAAAGCUAUAGCUCUGUUGGCAUGUCCUCUUAUUUUGCAGGCUUUCUUGCUGUAUAUCAUCCUCUUUUCUGAUAUUCUCCUUUUAUUUAUCUCAUUGUUGCACUUUUUAUCUAAGAGAUACAGAAAACUGUAAAAGUUUGUAUGACGGGAAAGAUGAUUACUGUAUUGUAAAUGCAUCGAAUAUUUUCAAGUCAAGCACCUUAUAUUUGACAUU